GACCUACAUGGGACUAUAGGCAGAGUUGGCGCUUUCCUGCAGCGCCCUCUGCUGGAGGAGGAGCUCCAAAACUGUGUGAAACACUGCAGCUUCAGCAGCAUGAAGAGCAACAAGAUGAUCAACUACACGCUUGUCCCUGAAGAGAUCAUGGAUCAAAGCAAAGUCUCUUUCAUGAGAAAAGGUCAGAUUGGAGACUGGAAAAACAUGUUCACAUAGGAGCAGAACCAGUGUUUUGACAGCGCGUUCAUCUCCAAGAUGCAAGACUGCACCUUAGAGUUUGUGUGGGAGAAAAAAGAAGACUGAAACAUCUGAGACUAUGAAAAGGGUAUAAAAUGACCAUGGAAGACAAUAUUAAAUUUAAAAUCCUACUAACAUUUGAUAGAUUAUAGACCUAAUAAUGUAAAUAAAAUGUAAUUUCCACAAUA